AAAGUGGCGUCCAUGCCAUUUCACUUCAACCCUUCUUACUUACCAUAUUUACAUCCAUUAUUUCAGGGGGACAGUAUCUACUCAUGGCUGAUGGAGCAACCUAUGAGUUAGCCGCAAGAAAGAACAGUAUAUAUGCUUCUAUUACUAAAGACGAGUUUGAGAAACUGAAUGAGUCCUUGAUGGACGUGGUCAAGACGAAUGACCGCUUUAAUACUGCAUACAAAGACACUUCCUCCAAAAGGGAUGCGGCCUUUAAGGCGGGGAAGUCCCAAGGCUUGACGGAAGAAGAAACUCUGGCAGUAAUGAUCUAUACUGCAACCUCUGUGCACGCUGAAUUCAACAGAAUACUGAGAGAGGGCGACAUCGCGAAAUACGACAAGUCAUUUCAGGUCUUUCAUUACCUCCUUAUUAACGCUAUUGAAAAGCUACGCCUGAGGCAAACUCUUCCGGAAUACCUGUAUAGGGGUGACAAGAAGAAAUAUUCCAUUAACAACGGAACCGAGAUGCGCUUUCCUGGAUAUACAUCGACCUCAUCUGAAUAUUCUGUCGCCGAGAAUUUCCGCGGAAGCACAGGCACUCUCAUUCGCCUGAAGGGAGUUACGUUUGGCGCUGAUAUUGUGCAAUUUUCAGUAUUCCCCUCAGAGGCAGAAGUGUUGAUUCCCCUUUAUGAACGUUUCAAAGUCACCAACCUCGACACAGACAGCAAAGGUCCAAUCAUCUUCUUGCAGAGCAUUGGGGAGAAGUGCGGAGGUCGUCGACGACGAUCUACGGGAGGGCCGUGUCGAUGCUGUAGACAGCCGUUACAUGUAAUUCAGGCAGCCGCGAAUGGAGGCGUCCCGCUACAGAUGACAUGUUCUCUGCUUCUAUUUAGUGAUGUAUGUGGUUGUUAGAUAUUGAUAUUAUCAGAUCAAACAGUUCAAGCGCAGCACAGCUUCAUACACUUGUUAAUUUGGUCAUGUACAUUAACAUUGUUGCAUAAGUUACCUGACAAGUUAUAAUUUUAGCCCGUUUCAAGCUGAACAAUAUAUUCCUGUCAAUUCAAAUAUUAAAAGUUAGAGUGGCUAACCCUUCGAUUAAAAUAUUCUGUAUAAA